AUGGCUGGGGAAUUAAGUAGUGUGACGAGUCACCCCUUGCACAAUCAGCGUCGCCAUGGAGACGGGGUAAUUAGAGUGGCACACCUGCCGGUCAUGAGGAGACAAACUCAGCUGCCUUUAAAAGGAGGGGUGUUUGAAAAUUUUGUCAUCAUACCUAGUGGUAGUCUCUCGCUCUCUCUCUCGCGGUCUUACAAGACCACCACUGGUUGGGGAACAGCUCAUCUUCACUCGCUACUCCAGAUAUAUGUACCCGUCAGAUCCCUACGCUCUGCAAACGAACUGCGUCUUGUGGUGCCAUCCCAAAAAGAUCUCAUGUACACAGUGGAGUUGGCAGGGGGUUUGGGACCCAUUCUGCUGAUGUUGACAUUUCUGGUGUGUUUAUACAAAUGCAGAAUUGAACUCAUGCUGUUCUACAGAAGUCACUUUGGCAGUGAGGAUGUUGACGGAGACCAGAAAGACUAUGAUGCAUACGUUUCCUACACUAAAGUGGACCUGGACCAGUGGUGUCAGGAAACCAGAGAAGAAGAGCGUUUUGCUUUGGAGAUUCUACCAGAUGUUUUGGAAAAGCAUUAUGGGUAUAAACUUUGCAUUCCAGACAGAGACUUGAUUCCGACUGGACGUUUCAGAAAUGAUCAUCUUCAUGAUGACACAAGACUCCUUAGAGCCUACAUCGAAGAUGUGGCUCGCUGUGUGGACCAGAGCAAGCACCUCAUCAUCGGCAUGACACCCAACUACGUAGUGAGACGUGGCUGGAGCAUCUUUGAGCUCGAGACACGUCUGCGCAACAUGCUGGUCUGCGGCGAGAUAAAAGUCAUUCUGAUCGAAUGCGCUGAGCUGCGAGGAGUCAUGUACUACCAGGAGGUGGAGGCUCUCAAACAUACCAUUAAACCUCUGACGGUCAUCAAAUGGCCGGGACCCAAGAGAAGUAAACUCAACUCCAAGUUCUGGAAGCGGCUGCGUUACGAAAUGCCCUUUAAGCAGCUGGAACCCAAGCUGUCGCACGAACAGGUACUGGACGUGAGCGAGCAGGGACACGUCUCUCUGCUGCUCUGUGUUUCUCUCUUAUGA